GUUUAAAAAAUCACACGGUUCAUUUUUACUUGUAUCAUUUUAAAAAAAGCAUUUUUUUAAUUAUAGAAAGCAUCCAGAACGAAGGUGAGCGUUGGUGAUCAUGGAAGAUACUGAAACAUUAAAUCGGAAUUACACAUUACAAAUGGAGGAUGACUGUAAUACGCACAGCAUAUCCGAACCAAUAAGCAAACUGAGAAAUAGUAAUCUUAUGGAACUUCAAAUUUCUAUAAGAGCUUUGGUGAAUGAAAGAAAAGAAAUACAAUCUCGUUUAAAUGGUAACAAAGGAAGACAACGUCUGACUGCGUUCUCAGGGAACAAUGGUAGAGGUGUUAAACGUGACUACGCUAACAAGAUACUGGAUAGGAAAAAUGACGAGGAGAGAUUAAAUCCAAGAGUUGCAACUAAACCGUCAGAUGUUGCGAAACCCGCCCAAGAAAAUGUUACGAAACCCGAAAUUCCGGUUGACGCAUUUCCAGUUGAAAAACGUCCUAAAGUGACUUUAGAUGAUUCCUCUAUAAAGCGAAAUAGGAAUCUUUUCGGUUCUCUUCUAGGACAUUUGAAAAAAGCGAAAAUUUGUUUGGAUUCCGAAAAAACAACACGCGCUGCUGAGCUUCAACAACAAGCAGAACAGCAAGUAAUACAGAAAUUGGCCUUAGAACGUAAAAAUCUAGCUGAGCUCAGGCGUCGUGAUUAUCAGGACCGUCAAAGAAAUGACUUGGCUCGUAUGAGAGAUUUGCAAAAAGAAUUACAUUGUAAAGAAAUGGAAAUAUUGAGCUUAAAUUUGCAAAAUCAUUUUAUUCUCAUGAAGAAUUUCAUACGAACAGAAACUCUACCCAUGCUGUUUUGGAUUCCGGGUAUACAUAAUAAAGAAACAGAACGUUUGUCCGCUGUAACAAGUAAACAAAUACAGGAUAAAGUGGAAUCCCUUGCUUUUAAAUUUAUGGAUUCUUCUGGGACCUCUGAUAUACAAAAUGAUUUAUUAUCGGGAUGGAAUGGUCAACCGAUUGACAAUAAAUGUGAUUCUGAAAACCAAAAAAAUGAGACUACGACAACACACAAAUCAUCUUGUGCAAACGCUGUGGCAACGGUGCAUCCCGAUCUUAUUAAUGAUUCAGAUGAAGAGGAAGAGGAUGAAAAAGAUCAACAGCAAAACGGCAACAUAGUAAAGAAGGAAAAGGAUAUGAUUUUUGUCGAUUCCAAUGAUAUCAAAGAAGAACCUAACUGUUCAUUUCCGUCCCCUUCAUUAUUAGCCAAAGAAACUCGUCUUGAUCCCGUUUGUGACGGAUCUUCAACCGAAAAACAUGCUAUCGAUAAAUCAAUAGAAAAGGAGUCUGUAGAUAUUUCAGAGAAAAGUUGACAUAAGCAUGUUGUAUGUGUUUGUUAAAUAAAGUAAAUGUAAAUGUAUUUCUUCGUCUGUUAAAAUUCUAAAAGGGUUUUUCUUUUACUAAUUUUUUUUUUGUUCAUUUUACAAAACGACCGCAUCAUGUCCCUAUGAUAUUCCCCUUAUAGAUUAUGUAGUUAAUAUAGAGUACACUAGCUAAAAUGAUUAACAGUACAAGUCAACAUGUAAAACAAUUGUUCUACUUUAACUAAGGGUUUCCCACUUUUUUUUAUAUUGCCAAAGGUUGGUUCAAUAAUAAAAAUUCAAUUACUAAUCUACAAAAAAAAAAUUCUGGUAAGUUUUUUCAUAAUAAAUGUGUUGAAUGCAUUUAUUUCCUUAAUAAUAAUUCGACACAAAUGAAUUUGAAAAGAAAAUCAGUUAAAAACUAUCUAUUUUUUUCUAUAUUAGCAUAUAACGCCUUUAUUAAUUUUUUAUUGCUAAACAUCCGCUAAAAAACCUUAGACUAAUAGAAAAACAUUAAGAUAAGUAAGAUUUGCUACCAAAUAUUCAUUGACUUGUUCUUUUGUUCAAGUAUGCCAAGGAUAUAUUUGACUUAAACGAACUUCACUGUUGAAAAUUUGUUUGUAAUGUCUGUGUGCUUUUUGAUCGGUUAGAAAAAGAAGGAAAUUAGUUCAAUCGAGAAAGGGAGAGAUAUAACUGUAGUCAUGUGGGUUUUUUAGUAAGUCAAAGGGUAGUUUUUUCAUGUAGUUUGUUAUGAGCAUUAUAAACAAAUCAUAAGAGUUGAACCAGGUUCAGUGUUCUGUUUUAUAGUGAUAAAGCGUAUCUCAAUCAAUAGUUUGUUAAUUUUUUGAGCGUUUUUUUUUUUCUUUUGCCGACGCAUCAACUUAAGAUAUAAUGACGCUGACUUGGGGCAGCAAAGGAUUUUUGGAGGAAUAUACUCCUAUUUAUUAUUUUAUCCCAGGAGAUCAUGAUGACCCUACAAAUUUAAACGUUUUCACAAUACAUAAAAGUGAAUCAGUUGAAGGAACUUUUCGACUAGAAACAAUAAAAAAAAACUUCCCUUUACCCGGUAUUUAUAAUUUUAGUGAAAACAUUUCUAUCGUCAAUUGAAUGCGUUUGUAUAGAUUUAAGCAACAACACAACAAUGUUGUGUUUUGGCUAGAUAUUUUGGAUGAUCUCCAAAGUGUUCCGCUGUUUGAAUCGAAGGUUAUUGCAAAGGUAUUGCGAAUAAAUUGGAUGAAUCCUUAUCGUUCUGUCUCAUUGUCUGAAUCCAAUUGUAUGGUUCCGAAUCACAACGGUAUUAAUAAAUCUCAUGCGACUCAAUCAAGUUAUUACAAAGAUAUAAAAUCCCCAUCAUCUAACAAAUCUUUAUUUGAUGAAACAACUCCAACUACUAAUUAUUUAGAUUUUCAUGAAUGAUUUUAUAAAGUUAUAGAAAUUGUUUUGUUUUUUUGGAAAAUUUACAUCAUUUUCAACGUAUAAAUUUUAUUUCGACUUGUUUCUUUU